UUUAAAAAAAAAAACAACAACUAAAGGAGGCUGAAGGAAGAUUAAGUGACUUGCCCAAGAUUACCUAGCCAAGAUUAUACAUUUUAGUAGCAGAACCAGGAAUAAAUCGCAGAAUGUGGAGCAUCUUACCACUAAAUAGCAUGUGCAUUUGCCAAUGCAGGAUGAUUUGGAAAUGAACUGAAUUUGUGCACUCCGGCCUAUGUGGAGCCAGAAGUCCCGUUCUGGUGAUGAGAGAGGACAGUUGCCAGUUUGAGUAGAACCAUGAAUGCUAUUGUUGCUCUUUGUCAUUUCUGUGAACUCCAUGGCCCUCGAACCCUCUUCUGUACAGAAGUUCUACACUCUCCUCUUCCCCAGGGGGCUGGAAAUGGAGAUAGCCCUGGGCAGGGAGAACAGGCUGAAGAGGAGGAAGGUGGCAUCCAAAUGAGCAGUAGAAUUCGCUCUCAUAGCCCAGCAGAAGGGGCCAGUGCUGAAUCCAGCAGCCCAGGGCCAAAGAAAUCAGACAUGUGUGAGGGCUGUCGAUCACUUGCAGCCGGACAUCCUGGGUACAUCAGCCAUGACAAAGAAACCUCAAUAAAAUAUGUUAGUCAUCAGCACCCAAAUCAUCCACAGCUCUUCAGUAUUGUUCGCCAAGCCUGUGUUCGAAGCCUGAGUUGUGAGGUCUGUCCUGGUCGUGAAGGCCCCAUUUUCUUUGGAGAUGAGCAACAUGGUUUUGUGUUCAGCCACACUUUUUUCAUCAAAGACAGUCUGGCCCGGGGUUUCCAGCGCUGGUAUAGCAUCAUUGCUAUCAUGAUGGACCGGAUUUAUCUCAUCAACUCCUGGCCCUUCCUGCUGGAGAAGAUUCGAGGGAUCAUUGAUGAACUUCAGGGCAAAGCACUGAAGGUAUUUGAGGCAGAACAGUAUGGCUGUCCACAACGUGCCCAACGGAUGAACACAGCUUUUACUCCAUUCUUACACCAGCGGAAUGGCAAUGCAGCCCGUUCUCUCACAUCAUUGACAAGUGAUGAAAAUUUGUGGGCUUGUUUGCAUACCUCCUUUGCUUGGCUCCUGAAAGCUUGUGGCAGUAGACUGACUGAGAAACUCCUAGAGGGAGCACCCACAGAGGAUACAUUGGUUCAGAUGGAAAAACUUGCUGACUUAGAGGAAGAAUCAGAAGGCUGGGACAACUCUGAAGGUGAAGAGGAGGAGAGAACUCUUUCAGUGCCAGAAGUCACAGAUGGGCGGGAAAUAGCCAAAUGCCCGACCACUCCCUCUUUGCUCUGUGGCAGCUGGCUGCCUCGAAAGCUAUCCGUCUUCAAGUCCCUCCGACACAUGAGACAGGUCUUAGGCGCACCUUCUUUUCGCAUGUUGGCAUGGCAUGUACUAAUGGGAAACCAGGUCAUCUGGAAGGGGCAAGACAUGGAUCUUGUCCAAUCAGCUUUUGAUGUUCUUCGGACCAUGCUGCCUGUAGGUUGUGUCCGAAUUAUCCCCUAUAGUAGCCAGUAUGAGGAGGCAUAUCGAUGUAACUUUCUGGGACUCAGUCCUCAUGUUCAAAUACCAUCCUACAUACAGACUUCUGAAUUUGCUGUCAUUGUUGACGUCCACACAGCCACUUGUUCCAGUGUUUAUCCAGUUGCAUGUGAUGACGAUCAAUCUCUGAGCAAGUAUGAGUUUGUGGUCACCAGUGGAGGUCCCCUAGCUACUGAUCGAGUUGGACCUACCAUCUUGAACAAAAUUGAAGCUGCUCUCACCAAUCAGAACCUUUCAGUGGAUGUUGUGGAUCAGUGCCUGGUUUGCCUCAAGGAAGAGUGGAUGAAGUAUCCAGUGCAAUGAGGAGAAGAAGGUGGGAGAAGCUGUGGGGAAAUGAUUAUCGCAGUGUGUACAAAAGGCACAAAAAAGAAAGUGCUAAAAAAAAAAAAGAAAAGAAAAAGAAAGUGCUACACGGCUUUUCCAAAGAUGAUCCUACUCAAUUCCGAAGCAGAGAACUGACCAUCUAUAACAUGUGUCCAAGAAAGACGAAGAAGCGAACUGACUCAGUGGGAUUUGUGACACAGCUGCCUGUCACAAUCUAUAAGAUGUCUUUUUAGCCAUGUGGUCAGCCAAACCAAACUGAAUAAAUUGACCUCUUUCAUAUUAUCACAGAUUUCACCGGGACUCAGUGAAAUUAAGUGUCAUUUACUACUAGGAACAUUUGGAGUACCCUGCCUUUUGAACUUAAGACAGAAAAUUUUCUCUCUCUCUUUUCAUGGCAACUUAUUCAUCUUUUAUUAUGAACAUUGUGUACCAACUUAGUAGAGUUGGGAAGCUCCAGCUCUGUUGCUGACUAUAUAACUAAACAUAAUUAAUGACCCUGUACCAUCAUUUGUCAUUUAAAGUGGUGAUGAUACUUUUACUUUACACAUGUAUUGUGAGAAUAAAGUGACAUUGUAGUAAUGUUGUGAACUAUAAUAGUGAUACUAUAAAACUCACAACAUGAAUGCUCUGUAUUGCCUUUUUAUGUGUUACAUGUAUUUAUCAUCUCUCCCAACUAAAAUGUCAAUUGCUUAAGGGCAGGAACUGAGGCUUACUCAUCUCUUCAUCCUUUAAGGUGCUCAGCAUAGUGCUUUGAAACAUGAGAAGCAUUAACAAAUUAUAAACCAAUAAAUGUCUAAAUAAACCUAAAUCACAAAAGGUUGAGACAGUAUGCUCCGCAGGACCAGGCAAGACCCUGGGGCUGAGCCAGAAUGCGAACCUUCUAGAAGCUAAAAUCUCAUACCCUUUUGCCGUGCACAAACAUGUUCAUGUGAACUGUGUGAACAGCCAAGGGGCCUUCUUGCGCCCUAUCCUAUGUAGGGGGCUGCAGGGAAACAAGGAUCGUCAACAACAGAGCAUCCAUGCAGAGACACAGGCCUGUCAAACGGUCACAAAUCACAGCAAACAGGGUUGAGGGGACAUUAUUUUUUUUUCAGGCUCUAGCAGUUUUUUCUACACUGAAGAAGAGAAGCAGGAAGGAAGAACAGUUAGUAAAUCACCAGUGACAAGCUGUGGACUGCAAAAACACCAGUACUCAUUCAUUCACUGUGCAGCUUCCUCACUCAACACUCAUGUGGUCUGCUGCUGUAUGUGUCACUUCAGAAUCCAAAUAGAAAGAUUUGGGUAAAAAACCCACAAUUCUCUGGGGCAGCUUACUUUUUCCUUUUCUCUUUAUAUUCUGUUGUUUGUUAAUAAAACCAAAAUCACAGGUUCGAUUCCCCAUUUAUGCUAGGUAGAUUCAUGGAUACAUUAUCUUCUAUCCCCAAGACCAUACCUCAAACUUCAGUCAACAUUUUAGAAAAAAAAAACGUGCUGCAAUUGUUUACUACAAAGUCCUGCUGGGACUACAGAAAUUACCCAAUGUGUCUUAUUGUCAUUAUGGGGAAAACUACUGAAAACUGUUCCCAUUCGUGCUGAGUUGAUAUAAUUUUUGAGUUAUGACAGACUUUUUUUAAACAUUACUAACUCAUCUUAUACAUACUUAAAAGAAUGUUAAGUCCUAUUGGUGAAGCAUACUGUCAUGGCUUGUGAAAAUCUACUGUUGAGAUAUGGAGCUCUUAGUGAUACAGGUAGCACAUAUAAAUAUCACUUUGUGAGUCAUAACUAAAGCAUGACAUACCUAGUUCCAGAAAACUGUCUACUUGAAACCACACCAGCAGCUAUUGACAAUACUACACUAUUUCCAUUUUAAUUCUCCUACUGUUUUUCAUUAGUUUUUACAAAUGUUUAUAUUAAGGAAAAUAAAAAUGUACUUCAUUUCUUAAUUGUUGUCAAACACCAGGAUUUCUGACCUGUGAGCUAGAAUUUAUUGGUCUGUUAACAUGGCAUGCCCAUUAACUAACCCUGUUAUUUCAUAUAACUAAAUAUGGCAAUGAUACAGAAGGCAGUACUUCUAGAUAUCUGUCCUUAAGAGACUGGUGAAUAUUAGAAUGCUAAAAAUUUAAGCACUGGAGUCAUUCAGCAGAUCUGAGGCUGAAUUGGAACUUGAAGUGGCCACUUCUAAUGCUACAAAGAACAAUAAAGGAGAUUUAUAAGUGCAAGGAAACCUAUUACAGAUACCAGGAAGAAGAGAAGUAUUAUAAUGAUUAUUGACUCCCUGUUGAAGGGUCCAGAGACAGUCAUAUGGAGGCUUGACUUAGCUCAUUAGAAGGGAGUGGUGUCUUUCUGGAGUUAGCUCUGAGAUAUGACAGACUUAUCAAACGCACAGACAGCUAUCCUCCUGCUGAUUAAGGUGGAAAUAACGACACUAAACCUAAAAAAACUCGAGGCAGGUAGCAGGAAGCCAAAGGACCUAGGAGGUCCUGACAUUGUUUUCAUCUGUUUCCCUAGAAGAAGGUUAGCAUCCUGAAAGAAAAAAGAGGAUAUAAGAAGUGAACAAUCCACUAUGUUGAUAUCAAAGAAGAGGAAUUUCUUUUCUGGACCAUGGCUUCAGACACCAAAAUGACACCUGACCAUGAAUGCCUUUACUGAGUGAUGGGAAGAAUGAAUUUGACCAGACCCUUGCCAACCUGACCAAAAAGGAUUUAAACCAAAACUAAAGAGGGAAGAGGGAAGAUGUCCACAUAAAACUAUAAAAUGAGAAACUGUAGAGUUUAAUAGGUAUAACACGGGACAAUGGUAGAAUAAGUGCUUGAUAAUUCAAAGGAAAAGAAUGGAGAAGAAUAGAAAAAAAAAACAGGGUCUCAGAUGUCUACAUGCACAGAAUAUGGAUAAUAAACUGAACUUGACAUUUAACAAGUAUAUAUAAGCUCAUUAAGACUUGGUGGGAUAUGACACAGUUUUAAGUGAGCAAAAUCCAUAGAACAGUUUAUACAAGGGCAGAAUGGUUGUAAAGAAACAACUCUGAAAAACUUGAGAACUCUGAUUCAUGCAACAUACAACUGCAUCUCCACAAGACCUAACAAUGAAGCAUGUUACCACCAGACAGGUGCUGGACAUAAGAUGCAGGAAGACAACAUUUUUGGACGUGGUUUAACUAAAGUGGCAGGUAGGUGGUGCAGUGGAUAAAGCACGGGCCCUGAAG